CUUUGGACGUCAUCAGAACGAUUGCCAUUAUCAAUAUUUCCAUAUCAGCCUAUUGAUUUUUAGUAAUUUUACUAUACUUGUUGAUUCGUUAUAGGUGGCUGGAUGCCAUGGUGCCAUUUAUGAGGCAUAUUAUCAUAAGAUUGAUCCAAAAGGUACUGGAGUGAUAGGUGCAAAUGUAGCUGCCCAAUUUCUUAAAAAAUCUGGUUUGAGUGAUGUUGUACUAAGUAGAGUUUGGGAUAUAUCAGAUACAGGGAGCAAAGGAUUUCUCGACAAAUCAGGUUUCUAUGUUGCUUUAAAAAUGGUAUCCUUAGCUCAAGCUGGCUUUGAUGUAAAUAUAAGAAAUAUUAUGAUGGAAAGUCCAGCACCAAAAGUUGGUGAUGUACCAAAACUGCCAACACAACCUCCCAGACCACCAAGUUCACCUAAAAUUCCUCCCAUUAUUCCUUCUACAUCACCUGCUUUAAUUGAUUGGACAAUAAAACCAGCUGAAAGAGUAAAAUAUAACCAAUUGUUUGAAUCAUUACAACCAAUAAAUGGGAUGAUUCCAGGACAAAAGGUGAAAGGUGUUCUUAUGGAUUCAAAACUUCCGGUUGAGACCUUAGGUAGAAUUUGGGACUUAGCUGAUCAUGACAAGGAUGGAAUGUUAGAUAGACAUGAAUUCAUUGUGGCAAUGCAUUUAGUAUACAAGGCCUUAGAAAAGCAUGCUAUACCUGCAAGUCUACCUCCAGAACUUUUACCAAAGCCACAGGAUCAACCGGUUCAAGUUGAGGAAUUUGCUAACUUUUCUGACAUGCCAGCAGUACAGGAAAUGCCAGUUGCUCCAACGAUAAUUUCUGAACAAUUGAUACAGCCUAUCAAACCAGCAUCUUUACCAUGGGUGGUGACUCCAGAAGAUAAGCAAAAGUCAGAUAUUCUUUUCCAUCAAUGUGAUGCUAAUAAAGACGGGUUAGUAACUGGAGCAGAAGUGCGUGAUGUUUUCUUAAGAACUGGAGUACCUCAAUUGUGUCUUGCACAUAUAUGGAGUUUGUGUGAUACCAAUCAGGCAGGAAAGUUGACCGAAGAACAAUUUGCCUUAGCAAUGUGGCUAAUUGAACAGAAGCUAGCUGGAAAGGAACCACCACAAACCCUAACACCAGAAAUGGUGCCCCCAAGCCAAAGAACUGACAAAGAAGUUCAGGAAACUGCUCCUGUUUCGGUUUAUUCGAAUCCUGAAUUAGAUAUGAUAAGUAAAGAUAUCGAUGAGUUGGCCAAAGAAAGAAGACUUUUAGAAAUUGACAUCACACAGAAAGAGGCCGAUAUCAAAGUUAAAACAGGCGAAGUUAAAAGUUUACAGAGUGAACUGGAUACUCUAGCUGCUACUUUCAAACAAUUAGAGAACCAAAAGGGCGAAGCUCAAAAGCGCUUGAAUGACUUAAAAGCUCAGUGCUCAGCCGUAGACAAAGAAUUGGAAGAAGUGAAUGCCGAAUUAGCACUAGAGCAAGAAAAGGUGGACAAAUUACGAACGCAAGCUGAGCAACAGGAGGAGACAUUGCAGGCUCAAGAAAGUGAAUUAACGUCUAAAAAGCAGGAACUGCAGGGGCUGAAGGAAGAAGAACAGAAACUUCAAGAGCAGCAAGAUAUUGCUCAACAGCAACUUGAACAACUGACUAAAAAAUUACAAGAUAUGCAGCUUGAAUUCAGCCAGAGUAAAGCUCAAAUAACGCAAUUAGAAGAGAACCAACGCCAAAUAAGCGAUGCAGUAAAAGCUUGUGAAAGUGCUAUAGCUUCCGGUGAUCCAUUAUCUGUUCCACAAUUUGCACUUGAAAUUCGACCAGAAUUCCGCGAUGCUAUUGUGAAAACUAAUGGCCAGGCUGAUGAUGCAUUUACAAAGUCGGAUGAUCCUUUCAGUAUGAAACCAAAUCAAACUUCGUUUAGUACUCCAGAUCCAUUUGCAGCAGAUGAUAAAGCGUUUAAAACCAACGGUUUCGACAGCGAUCCAUUUGCAAAUCAAGAUGCUUUUGGCAGCGAUCCUUUUACAAAACCGACGAACGAUCCAUUCGGUGCUUCUCAACAAAAUGACCCAUUCGGCGAUAAAACAGCAACUGCCAAGCCAGAUGAGGAUAAAGACGCAUUUGGCUGCGAUCCAUUUGCGGUUCUACAUGCACCAACAAGAGCCGAGAGUCCGAGCCCGGCCUUACCUCCCAAAAAGAGUAAGAAUCCACCACCGCGACCAGCACCACCAAAACAAGGCCCCGCGAGACCACCGCCUCCGAAGCAGGCGCUCACCAAUAGUUUCGCCGAUUUUGCGGACUUCGAUAGCAAGCAAAUAACAUCGGCAUUCAACUCUAACACGAAGCCUAAUAAAGGGCUAGACAAGGCACCACCAGCGGCUGUUAAAGUUCAAGACUUCACAGACGAUCCGUUUAGGGACUAUAGAUAUGAAGAUUUAGCUAAUAUAGCUGAUCCUUUUAUGGAUGAAUUGAAUAACGAACACAAGACAUCGGAUAAUUCUGUAAUAAAUAAUUUCGAUGCGUUUUCUUCUUCAAACGAUUGGUUUUCUACUGCUGCUUCUAACGCAAAAAACAAAAACGCUUCGAGUGUAGAUCUUUUCGGUUUGGAUGUCUUUGAUGGUAACAUGAACCAAACGGUGAACGAUGGAAGAGCAUCAGAACCGCCUAGGCCCUUAUUGGAUUCUUCGAGAUUGAUGGUAGACAAUACAGCCAGUGGCCGAAUUUCCGCCCCGAUUAUUUCGGAAGAGAAACAACUGGCCUGGGCGGCAGCCGAGAGCCGGCGGGCCGAAGAAUUGAGAUUAAAAAGGGUCAGGCAGGAACAAGAGGAUCUCGAACUAGCCCUGGCCCUUAGUCGAGCGGAGAAACAGUCGUAGCUGGUAACGUGAUAGGUUUGUCAUAUUAUUGUACAAUUUUUGUCUCGUUAUAAGAUUUCUUUAUUAUUGUCAUUGAAUUAGUUGAACGUAUGUGUUAUGUAUUUUGUAGGAUCGCGCCAUUCCGCGCUUGUGUAUAUAUGAUAUAUAUGUAUAGUAGAAUUUUAAAAUAUAUUUAUGUUGUUAUAUAGAACCUUUACAAGCUGGAGAUUAUUUCAUGAGAUUGUAGAGACCCCUGCAUUUCAUUACGUUUCGUACAAAUGUUUCGUUUUCAGUAUUAGAUAAGCAAAAUGAUUGAGAUUGAUAAUU